AUGGCAUUGAGUAGUGUGAAAACUGCUGAUAUUGGUGAUGAAUCAAUUGGAAAUAUCGAAUACGUAUUUCUCUAUAUCGUAUUAAAAUUUCGUCAUCAACCGAAUGUACAUACAUUUCCUAUGUUUAUCAAAUUGUUAUGCAUUGUAUAUACUCUUUUUAUUACAAUUUUCAGUGAACAAUUACAACCUCCAAUAAUUUUACGUGAAUCUAGUGAUGAUGAUGUAUCAAUAGGUUCUCGUAAAGUUUUUACUUGUAAUGCAAUUGGUUAUCCAUCUCCAACAUAUAUGUGGUUACGUGAAUGGAAAAAUUUAACAACAAAUUUUUCUUCAUCUACUUAUUUUGAAAUAACAUCAGCUAAAAAACAAGAUCAAGGUUCAUAUAGAUGUUUAGCAAAAAAUGAUGUUGGUAUUGUUGCAAGUAAAGCAUCAUAUUUAACAAUUUGGUAUUUUGAUAAUUUAAUUUCUAAUCAACGUGAUCAAUAUAUAAAUGUUUAUGAAUCAGAUGCUAUUAUAUUAUAUUUACCAAUAAUUAAUUCAUCACCUGAACCAACUAUACAAUGGUUUAUGAAAAGCAGUUCAUUAUCACGUGAUAAUAAACGUAUUACAUCAAACGAAAAAUAUUUUAUUACAUCAACAUAUAAUCUUGUUAUACUUAAUACUGACUAUCAAGAUGAAAAAAUUUAUUAUGCUAUUAUUGAAAAUAUAUUUGUUGGUGGUACAAAACAAACAUCAGAUUAUCGUUUACAAAUUAAUCGACGAAAAACAUCAUUUCAAUUAUCAUCUAUACCAGAAUUUAUUAUUAAACCAAUAGAUCAAUUAGCAACUAUUGGUGAUCCUAUUAAAUCAUUUGAAUGUGUUGUUAAUACUGGUUCUACUAAUUCUAUUGAAAUAAUUUGGCAAAAAAAUUCUAUAUUAAUUGAUCAAACAAAUGGACGAUUUCAUAUUGGUCCUUAUAAUCGAACACUUGAAGUUCGUGGAAUAAUUGCUGAGGAUCAAGGAAUAUAUUCAUGUCAUGUUCGUAUAAGAAAUACUGAAACAUUUAUAAAUGCAAGUGCUAAAUUAAUUGUUCGAGGUGUUCCUAUAAUAACAACAAAUUUUCCACUUAUACAUAAUAUUGAUUUACAAGAUCAAAUUAUUUUUAUUUGUAAUAGUACACAAACAUCAACAGAUGUUAAUGUAACAUGGUAUAAAGAUGCUGUUCGUUUAAUAAAUCAAUCAUCGAAAAUUCAAUUAAUUGAAAAUCAAUUAAUCAUUAAUGAUAUUGAAUGGAAUGAUCAAGGUAUGUAUCAAUGUUUUUUAACAAAUGAUGUUGGUGAAGAUACACGUUCAACAUGGUUAAAAAUUAAAAGUGAACCACCGAAUGUAACUGUAAGUAAAGAUUUAAUAGUUUUUAAUGGAACUGAUGUUCAAUUAAUAUGUAAUGUUAAUGGAUCACCAUGGCCAAAUAUAACUUGGUUUAAAUUAAAUUUAAAUGAUGAUAAACGAAUUUUAUUAAAUAAUAUUCAUGAAAGAUUUUAUAUUGAUAAUCGAACUGGUAUUUUAUCAAUAUCAAAUACAAUACCAAAUGAUUCUAGUCAAUAUGAAUGUUUAGCACAGAAUAUUCUUGGAUCAGCUAAUGCACGUACAACAUUACUUGUUCGCCGACGAACAAGAAUUGUAUCAUUACCACAAACAAUUAAAAUUAUUAAAGCACAAUCAUUAAUACUUGUUUGUCAUGUAUUUAAUGAAGAUGAUGUAUCAAGAAAAAUUUCAUGGUAUUUUAAUUAUAAUCAAAUAAUAACACAAAAUAAAAUUUAUAAUGAAAGUACAAUUUUAAUUGAUACACCACAAAAUCAAGAUACAGGUAAUUAUACUUGUAAAGUCGAAUCUGAAGCAGGUAAUGAUAGUCGUACAACAGAAGUAACAGUUAUUGAAUUACCUUGGCCACCAACAUUUGUUCGAGCAACACUUGUUAAUGAUGCAAUAAGUAAAUCAAUUGUUGUUAAUUUAACUUGGGUAUCUAAUUUUGAUGGAAAUAUGCCAAUUGAACGAUAUACAAUACAAAUGAAAGAUAGUACAUUAUCAGAUAUUAAUGAAUUUUCAUUAUUAAAUGAUGAACUCGGAUGGGAAACUAAAGAAGAUAUUAUAAUACAAAAAAAUCCUACUCAAACAUCGAUUUUAUUACGUGGUCUUCGACCAUUUACAACUUAUCGUUUUCGAUUAUCAGCCUGGAAUCAAUUAGGAGAAGGUCAAAUAAGUGCUCCUAGUAACAACGUUACUUUGCCAGAAGAAAUUCCAAGUGGUACUGUUAAAUCUUUAACAGUUAUUCCUCGUGAUUCAACAUCGAUAUUUAUUGAAUAUACAAAACCAAUUGAAUCAAGUAUUAAUGGACAAUUAAUUGGUUAUGAUAUUAAUUAUGCAUUAAAUUAUCCAAAUUUAAAUUGGAAAUCAAUUCGUGUUAAUUCAUCAACACAAUCAUAUAUUUUAAAAGAUUUAAUGACAUGGGAAUCAUAUUUAAUAUCUGUAUCAGUUGUUAAUAAUGUUGGUGUUGGUCCAGCAAGUGAAAUAGUUAAAGUUCGUACACUUGAAGGUAUACCAAGUCGUGCACCAACAAUUGUUCAAUAUGAACCAAUAAAUUCUACAGCUAUUAUGAUUAAAUGGCAUGGUCCAUCUUCAUCAUAUAUUAAUGGAAUACUUAAUUCAUUUAAAAUUGAAUUAAUUGAUUUAAAUCGAAAUAUAACAUUAUAUCAAGAACAACAAGCUAAACCUAUUGAACUCUAUCAACUUAUUAUUGGUGAUUUAAAAAAAUAUACAAAUUAUUCAGUUAGAAUUAAUUGUGCAACUAAAAUUGGUAGUGGACCAUGGUCAUUACCUAUGAUUUAUGUUCAAACACUUGAAGAUGUUCCUGAUCAAGUAGAAAAUUUAACUUUUUCUAAUGUCUAUGAUACAUCAUUGGAUAUAAGUUGGCAAAAACCAUUUGAAAUAAAUGGACAUUUAAUUAGUUAUGAACUUGAAUGGUAUCAAAUGAAUAAUACACAAACAAAUUUAUCUGAUCGUUCAAUAAUUGAAAUUGAAUCUAAUUUAACAACAUAUAAAAUAAAUAAUUUAUCAGCAACAACAUGGUAUAUCAUAAGUGUUCGAGCUAAAACACGAAAAGGUUUUGGUAUUAAACGUUCAGCAUCAAUUGAAUCAGGUUAUCCACCUGAAAUGCCAUCACCACCAACUAAUCUUGAAAUUAUUUCAAUUGAUAAACGUUCUGUAAUAAUUAAAUUUUCUCCUGGUUAUACUGGUAAAACAAAUAUUUUACGAUAUAUUAUUCAAAUUCAAAUGAGAAGUAAUAAUUCAAAAUGGGAAAAUAUUCAAUCAUUUAAUAUUGAACAAUCAAAAUUAAUUGUUCAUGAUUUAUAUCCUAAUCGAUUAUAUCGAAUACAAAUGUUAGCUGUUAAUAUUAAAGGAAUAAGUAAUGCAAGUAUUCCAACAGAAUUCUUUCGAACUAAACCCGAUGUACCAUCAAGUGUACCACAAAUUUUAUUAGCACAAGCAAUCAAUUCAAGUGCUAUAAGAGUUCGAUGGAUGCCAAUUGCUACUAAUGAAUGGAAUUCGAUGUCAUCAACUGGAAAGGAUAUUGGUUAUAUAUUAUCAAUCAAUGAUUCUAUAACAAAAAAUAUUAAAAUUGAAGAUCCAUUAAAAACAGAAUAUAUAUUUAAUAAUUUAUCACCAGCAAAUACAUUAUUUCUUAUUAGAUUAUAUACUUAUAAUCGUAUUGGUAUGAGUAAAACUUCAAAAGAAACAAUUGAAAAAACAUUUGAAAAUGUACCUCUUCGUCCACCAUCAAAUAUUCGAAUUGAUUCAAUAAAUGGAACAUCUGCUAGAAUUCGUUGGAAUUCAUUAAAUACUUUUGACCAAGGUGGUUUUAUUACUAAUUAUAAAAUAAUGUAUUUUUCAUUAUUAUCAUCUCAAAUAAUUCAUAUUAUCGAUUAUUCGAAUAAUAAUUCAACGAUUAGUUAUAUUUUAAAUAAUCUUGAUGGUUAUACAAAUUAUUCAUGUUCAAUAAGUGCAUGUACAUCAAGUGGAUGUAGUACAUAUAGUCAACCGUUAAUAUUUAUUACUGAUGAAAGUGUUCCUUCAAAACCAACCGAAGUUUUUUUUCCUGAUGUUGAUCAUUGGUCUGCAAGAAUGACAUGGCAACAACCAACAAAAUUAAAUGGAAUUCUAAUUGGUUAUCGACUUAUAUAUUGGCGUUCAGAUGAUGAACAAACACGUAUUGAAAUUGAUAAUUUAACCAGUAUAACAAAUUCUUAUCUAGUUAAUAAUCUAGAAAAAACAACUCCAUAUACAUUUAUUCUUUGUGCUAAAACUCGAAUGGGUUGUGGUGAAACAAGUAUCAAUCGUUUAUUAACAAUGGAAAAACGAGAUCGACCUGCUGCUCCAUAUCCACCAACAAUAAUUGAAUCUUCAAUUAAUUCAACAAGUUUAAUAUUAACAUGGCGUAAAGAUUCAGAUUUUAAUUAUGCACCAAUACGAUAUACAUUAAUUGAAUAUGAAGAAGAACAUAUAAUAUCAUGGAAAUCCUAUGAUUCAAUUAAUAAACCUGAUGGACAAAUAACAAAAUUACUUAUUCAAAAUUUAAAACCCAAUACAAAAUAUCGUUUUCGAUUAGCAUCACAAAAUGAUAUGGGUAUAAGUGAUUAUAGUCGUGCAACAAAUUAUAUUCGAACAAAAGAAAGUAUACCAUUAAUUCAACCAAAAAUUGAUUAUAUAUUAACAAAUCAACCAUGUCAAAUUGAUAUUUAUCUUAAAGAUUUUGGUUCAAUUGAUAAUAAUAAUAAUAAUACUCGUUUAAAAGUCUUAAUAAAAUCAAUUUCAAAUGAACAAAUAUUUCAAAAAAGUUAUCAUUCAAUUAAUGAAGAUUAUUCUAUACAUUUAAAUAAUCUAUGUCAAGAUUCAACUAUUAAUGAUACACAUGUUUUAUAUGUUUGUUUAAGUAAUACAAUUGGUGAUGGUCCACUUUCAUUUGCAAAAUAUUUUCAUAUACAAUCAUCUACACCAACUCAUAUAUCAAUUAAUUCAUUAAAUGUUAGUGUUUUAAGUUCAACAGAAAUAUUAGUUCAAUGGAAUAUUAAUCAAAUAUUACCAUCGAUAAGUUAUCGAAUACAAUGGAUAACAGCUAAUGAAACAAAUAAACAACAGAAUUUAAUUGCAUCAUAUAAUGAAUCAAAUGUUAUCUUAAAUAAUCUUAUUCCUUUUACUAUCUAUAAAAUUAUUAUUAAUAUAUUUAAUAUUAAUGGAGAUGGAUCUAUACGUGAAACUGAUUUAGUACGAACGAAUGAAGAUGUACCUGGUCCAAUUGAUCAAUUAACUUUUUCAUAUGUUACAUUUACAUCAUUACAAAUUGAUUGGCAACCACCAAAAUCUUUAAAUGGUAUUCUUCGUUCAUAUGAUUUAACAUAUGAUAAUCGUUUAUCAUUUUCAUCAUUAAUAAAUACAUCAUCAACUCGUGUUAAAACAAUAAAACAACUUUUAUCUCCAAAUAUAACAUCAUUACGUAUUGAUGAAUUAGAUCCAUAUCAAUAUUAUGAAUUUAUAUUAUGUGCUUGUACAAUUCAAUGUGGUUCAUGUAUACAUAAAUCUAUUCAAACAGGUCCACAAAAAACUUCACCAUUACCACCAUAUGAUUUAUUUAUAAAUAAACAUAAUGAAUUAGUAUGGAAAUCAUCAAUAAAAUCUGAAUAUUAUCUUAUUGAAUUAUCAAAUGAUUAUGGUUAUACAUGGAAAUUUCUUGAUCAAACAAUUAAAUCUCCUUAUUAUUUAAAUUUAAAUCGUUUACAAUUAAAUAAUAAUUCAAAUGAAUUUUAUUUUCGUUUAUAUUCAGUUAAUCGUAUUGGUAUAAGUGAAUCAAGUCAAAUAUAUAAAUAUAAUUUAACAAUAUUAUCAUCAUCAUUAUCAUCAUUAAUAAAUCCAUUUAAAUUUAUAACAAAUAUUUAUACAUUUAUACGAACAAAUCAUUUAAUUUUUUAUAUUAUACUUAUUUUAAUUCUUAUUCUUAUAUUUAUAUUUAUAUGUAUAAUAAUAACAUGUUGUUGUUGUUAUCGUAUAAAAUUAAAUAAAACAAAAUUAUUACAAUCAACAAAUACAUUAUCAUCAAAUUUAAAUAUAGCUGAAUCAAAACAAAGUUUAUAUACAACAUCAACAUUAUUAACACCAAUAAAAAAAGAAUUAACAAUACAACGUAAUCGUGAUAGUUUAGCAUUAAGUGAUUUAAUAUAUAAUAAUUUUUCAAGUCGUUCACCACCACGUCCUAUACCAACACCAAUUGUUUAUGAUGAUUUAACUAGUACAAAAAGUUUAUUAACUAAUAAUAAUAAUUCAAUAAAUCAUUCUAUAGAAGAUAAUCAACAAUCAAAAACAGAUUAUUCAUGGUAUCAUUCAUUACCACAACAAUUAUAUACAUAUAUGACAAAUAAUCAUGUAACAAAUCGUAUUAUUGAAGAAAAUGAAAAUGAUGAAACAGAUUUAACAAUUGCAUUUAAUGGUGCUAUUCUAAUGAAUAAUGUACCAAGAUCAAGAGCAGCUGUUAAUGGAUGUUCAUCAUUUGCACUUUAA